ACUGUGCUAUUGCAUUUAAUACGGAAAUGUCCAACUCAACCUCCCCUGUUCAAAUUCCAAGGUUGCCCACGGAACUCUGUGAACUUAUUAUCGACGCAGUCAACGACACCAUGGCGCCUUCGGGGGAAAUUGAGCAGUAUUCGUUGCGCAAACGUACGCUUUUUUCAUGUGCUCUCACAUGCAAUACUUGGUUGUCUCGUAGUCUAUAUUUAUUGUAUCAAUUUGUUCAUAUUGGAAGCUCUGAACGUCUUCAUGUUUUCAGGAAAGCUUUGAAGAUGAGGCCCGGCUUGGCCCGCCACGUUCGCUAUCUUCAUCUCGGUAGUCUAUCCUCUCCACCACCUAAUAGGGGCCGAAUGGGUGUAGUGGAUUCUCCAUGGAUCAACGCCGCCGCGCUUUCCCUCUUCCCCUCGCUCUCUCGCCUUAUCAGUAUCGCCAUCGUUGGCAUGGACUUUUCUCAUACCCACCCCAGGUUCUUCGCGGCUCUUUCCUCCAUCAAAGCUGUGCGCUAUCUCUCUUUAGCGCAAGUACUAUUUAAGGGCUCCGCGCAAUUCUCCCGAAUCGUAGCAGCCUUUCCAUCCCUGAGUCAUCUUUCCAUAAGAGAUAUUCAUGCUUGGUCGCGUUUACCACAAACCGUCAUACCAUCGGGCGCAUUCAAAUUGCAAGCUCGAUUGACUACCAUCGAUCUAAGAUGUCAUACAUGUGACCAUCAACUUCAAGCAAUAUUCGACGUGUGCAGUUGGCUCUGCAUGACACCGUCAUCAUCCUCCCCUAUUGAUCUCAAGAUAUCACAGUCUAUUGGGCAUCCCCUCAGUUCUAUUGAACCCAACUCCCUAGAAGACGACCAUGCCGGAGCUGUUGACGAUUUACUAUACCAAUUCGCACUGCUGUCUCAUAACCCUAUGCUUCGCCGGCUGUCCAUUUCUGUCACACUCCUGGUCCAUCCUAACCUCAACAAAGAUCUUGAAUAUCUGCCAAAUUUAACGUUUCUCACAAUAUUCGAACUCACCGUCGCGUUCCUUCACGAGCUUGUGGAGGCCUUCGAAGAUUUGGCUAUCACACUGCUCACUGGUGUGUGCCUCGAGUUUCGGGAGGCAAUAAGCGACGUCAAUGAGGAAGCUUGGCUUUCUCUCAACUCCGUGUUUCAGAAAUCAACCUUUCAAUACCUCGAGAAUGUUACUAUCUCAUCUCCGGAAAUUGACAACUCUCUGACUGAACUCCUCUCCCAUCUCUCUCAGCGUGAAAUCCUUCGACUUGACACUGCAGGGUCCCAAUUUGAUUCGGAGGCACCCUGUUCAUGGUAUCGAACAAUACACGUUGCGUGACAGGAACAUCUCUCCUGGACCAUCGGACGGCGCUUUCACUUCGCCUUACAAUGGUCGAUAUGACUGCAGUGAAAUGUGGUUUCCAGUCUAGGAGGACUACGUCCAUUUUCCUGGUGGGGAUAUGUCCUUUACCUCGGGGACUACGUCAAGGAUCACUGCCAAACGUGACUGCCAAGUCGAGUAGUAUCGAUGAAGAUGGCUCUAGCGGGGAAGCAAUUAAUUAUCUGGGGGGCCAGAACAUGAUUCCGUAUCACAAUGGAAAGUCAAACCAGCCUUUGGGGCACACACGCGAAGGUUCACGGGGCCCAUGUUUCCGCAAGCCACAUCUUCAUAGAAAUCCGUUUGGCAUUCGCAGAGGCAAAGAUAAUCACUUUUUAUAUCUAAGUUCCAUCUCUCUCGUCAUUUUGCGCCCAUUGUUCAAGUUCCAGACUUCUCGUUACGUGCGGUCCGCCAAUCCGUUGGUAAACGUAUGGUGCUGCCGUUUCUGGAAGACCUGGUGACUAGAGGCUCCGAUUAGAACGCAGGGUCAAACAUAUAAAGGAGAGCUAUGACAGAAUUCUACAACUCUAAAUGCCACCCAGAAUGCACGACCUUUCGACAGCCUCCAACGACGUAUCACCGCUAAGUUUGAGGAAACUUAUCGACCUAACUCAUCCGCUCAUCUCGUCCAACGUUUUCUCCUGUCCCGGUCACCCAAUGUAUGCUGCACAACGCACGCUGAGCCUCGCGAAAGGCGACAUAGCCAAUGUUCAUACCCUUCAAAUCGGCACACAUUCUGGAACGCACAUCGACGCGCCAUAUCAUUUCUUUGAUGACGGCAUACCAGUUGACGAACUCGACCUAUCGCUCCUGACUGCCGCUCCCGCAAUACUGGUGGACAUGCGGAAGAAGAAUGCGCACGAGGCAAUUACAUGGGAGGACUUGGGACCAUAUACGGCAAGGAUGAGGGCGGGUGUAGCAGUGCUGAUAUGCACCGGAUGGUCGAAGAACUGGGGUCAGCCUACGUACACUGACCAUCCAUAUCUUGAUGGCGAGGCAUCUCGUCGGAUACUUGAAACUGGGGUGAGGGUGAUAGGGAUUGAUGCAAUGAGUCCUGACGAGGUGAAUCCAGAGAAGGGUGAUUGCAUUGACGUUCAUCGACUGGUAUUGGGUAAUGGAGGUGUGAUAGUAGAGAAUUUGAACGGGUUGGAGAAGGUUGUAGAGAGCGGAAUUCGGUUGGAUGAUUUGGUAGUCAGUCUCCUCCCUUUGAGGUUAACAAGCUUGGAUGGGAGUCCCGUGAGAGCAGUGGCUUGGGAGUCGGGUAGGCAGCAUACCUCAAUCAAUUAGACCUACGUAACAUUUCUCGAGGCGAAUGCACGUAUCGGCGAACCAUCGCAAUGGUGC